CUUGAUUUGAUCUGUUCCGAAAUUUGCAACAUGAUCAUUUCUGUUACUACACGCUGUUUGAAGUCUAUCACAUUUGGUCUUGGUUGUUGUUGGCCUCGAUCUCAGCAUGUACCUUGAUCCUCGGACUCGAUGUCUCGUCUUCGUGCUUUAAUCCGAUUCAUUACGAGGCUAUUCUGCGAUGAAGUUUCCUUGUCUUGAUCAAAUAGCAUAAUCAGGUAGGCCGAUUUUAACCGCCUAAAGAGUAUAAAGGCGCUACUGCUACAAUAUUGUAAUGAUAAUUCUGAAUUUGUAUCUCCUCCCGUCUCUCUCAAACCUCUUUUCUCUGUCUCUAUCCCUUGAAAUUCUUUCUCCUCUGAUCUCCUUCCCCUCUGCUUCUUAUCCUUGUUCUUCGAUAUCAAUAAUUUGGUAUCAAUUGGUAUAGAGCCAGGUUGCUCUCGGCAUGUGGACUGAAUAUUAACAAAGCAUUAGUUGAAGAUUCUACAAUAGAAAACAUAUCGCAUUUAUGCGACGCAUCAGCCGACCAAACAAUGACUCUAUUGGCUGAGAUUCAAAGGCUUUUUCAGAAAAUUUAAAGACAAAUUGAGCUAAAAUCUGAAGAGCCAUGCAAAUACUACUGCAUGCCAUGCUAUGUUGUUUGCUCUAGUGGGAGGUACUAUUGCCUAAACAUGAAGAUCUCUGCUUGUGUACAAAAAUGGUAAGUUUAACCUCGAAACUUCUCCUUUAGGUUCCGUCCUUAUAGAAAGUGCUGAAGUUCUGGAAGAUAUGUUCUUAAAUGUACUUUUUAUGGAAAACGAGAGUGAUAAUGAUAUAGAUGCUUUGGGAGACACAUUCCUAGCUAAACAUUUUGUGGAAGAUGAACGCGAGAAUAAUGCUCACAAUGUGCUUGGUAAAAUGCCAAAGCUAGAUUAUAAUUCUGAUGAGAGUGAUUUGGAUGCUUUAGAAGACAUGUAUCUACAUGCACUAUAUUUCAGCAUCUCUACAACUCCAUGAAUAGUGCAGCAUGGGUUUUUAAGUUACAAAGGACAUCUCUUAUCCAUGGAUUCUAGUGGUAGUGUGAAACUAUGAGAUAGCAUUCGAGGGACUACUAAUCAACACUACAAAGAGGUUAUAACUGACAAGGAGGUGGAAGAAGUACAUGUUUGCAAGCUUUGGAGACUGGUUAUUUGAUUUUAUCUUUCCUGUUGCAAUGUGUUCUGGUGCUCUUAACUUCUCUGGUUCUGCCAGUCUAAGGAAUGGAGCUGCAAAAGUCAGAGAUAUGGUGAAUAAUUUGCAAUUCACUUUUGACUCAGGUGGUAUAUUUAUUGGCUUGGAGAACCAAGCUAUUGAGUUGCAUUUUCAAAACCUGAACCACUUAAAAAAUUUGCACCAGCAAACAUGCAACUUCAAGGGAUAUGUGUCAUCAUUCUUCUCUACUCAAUUAUGGAGUCCAGCAUAUGGAAGCAAAUUCAGCUCUAAUGAUGUUCAUGCGAUUAUCAUUCCUCUCUUGGUGGAGGAACGUGCACCACACCUUCUACAUAAUCAACUAGACAACUGUUGGCGGCUCCUUAAUGAAGUUCUGUUACUUGAGUGAUAUAUUCUAGAGCAACUUUGAUGUUUCUACACCAAAUGAUUAUAUAAAUGAGCUGGAAGAUUGAAAACCUGAAGAAUGCUCCAAGAGUGAAGUUGGUGGAGGAAGACAGGAGGGUUAAACUGAUGACUACUUACACUCCGCAGUUUCUGGGGAUACCGGCGGUAUGGACGCAAGAAGGAGGGGAUAGAAACAUCGGGGAAGGAAUUGUGAUUGGCUUUGUUGAUUCUGGCAUUAACCCAGACCACCCCAGCUUUUCUUAUGAUCCCACAACUACUACAAAUUAUACUUCUCAACAUUUUUCUGGAGCAUGUGAGGAAGGUCCUUUAUUUCCUGAAACUUCCUGCAAUGGUAAGAUAGUAUCUGCUAGGUUUUUCUCAAAUGGAGCUCAAGCUACUGCUAUUCUUAAUGCCUCUGUGGAUAUUCUCUCACCCUUUGAUGCUGUUGGACAUGGCAGUCAUGUAGCUUCAAUUGCAGCUGGAAAUUUUGGAGUUCCGGUGGUAGUGAAUGGCUUGUACUACGGACGAGCAACUGGAAUGGCGCCGCGGGCAAGGAUUGCAGUUUAUAAAGCUAUUUAUCCAAGCAUAGGAACUCUUUCAGAUGUAUUAGCGGCAAUUGAUCAAGCAGUAUUAGAUGGGGUUGAUAUCUUGACUCUGUCAAUAGGACCAGAUGAACCACCAGAAGGCACACUGACUUUCUUGAGCCUGUUUGAGAUAUUCAUGUUAGCUGCACACAAGGCUGGAACGUUUGUUGUUCAAGCAGCUGGGAACCAGGGUCCUUCUCCUUACUCUGUCAUCUCUUAUAGUCCAUGGGCUGUAGGUGUUGCUGCUUGUGACAUUGAUAGAACCUAUCCUGCCACUCUUAUUCUUGGUAACGGUCUCAAAAUUGGGGGUGUAGGAUUAUCAGGACCAACAUUUGGAGGUGGGUUGAUUCAGUAUAAGCUGGUUUUGGCUAAGGAUGCAGUAAAAAAAAAUAGCACAUUUCCAAGAAUUUUCAAUGCGGAUGAAUGCCAAUACCCAGAGGCAUUUGACCCUCUUGUUGUGCAAGACAGUGUUGUGAUUUGCACGUUUUCAGCUGGUUUCUACAAUGGGAAUUCCAGUCUUAUGGGCAUCAUACAUACUGCCAAUCUUCUUCGAUUCAAAGCAUUUGUUUUUGUUGCAAAUCCAAGUUAUGGAGAUUUCAUAGCGGAGCCUAUUCCUUUCGCUACUCCUGGCAUUAUGAUACCAACAACUAUUGAUACCCAGAAUAUAUUGCAGUACUAUGAAAGAGUAACUGUAAGGGACAAGAAUGGUUUUGUGGUAAGAUAUGGUGGUAGAGCAGCCAUAAGUGAAGGAAGAAUUGCUUCUUACAAGGGUAGAGCUCCUAUAGUUAGCAGAUUUUCAUCAAGGGGUCCUGAUUACAUUGAUCAAAGUAAAAAUCCUACUGAUGUACUCAAGCCUGAUAUUUUGGCUCCUGGACACCAAAUUUGGGCAGCUUGGAGUCCCAUGAGUGUUUUAAAUCCCAUUCUUUCGGGACAUAAUUUUGCCCUAUUGUCUGGUACAAGCAUGGCAACACCUCAUAUUGCUGGAGUAGCUGCACUAAUAAAGCAAUAUAAUCCAUCAUGGACACCAUCAAUGGUAGCUUCAGCAAUGUCAACCACAGCCACCACUUAUGACAAUCUUGGGGACCCCAUUAUGGCUCAUGGAUUUGAUCUCUACACCUUAUACACUUCUGCUCCUUUUGGUUUUGGUGCUGGCCUUGUCAAUCCCUCUCAUGCUCUCGAUCCCGGUCUCAUCUUUUCAGCAGGGUACGAGGAUUACAUCAGUUUCCUGUGUUCUUUACCAAAUAUUGAUACUGCAAUAGUCAAAAGUGCAACAGGAGGAGUUUGUGGUGAGUUAUUUGUCAAUCCAUCGGACCUAAAUUUGCCUUCGAUUACAAUAACAUCCCUUAAUGGAUCGCGACUAGUACGUCGGACAGUCAUGAAUGUUGGAAGCAAAGCAGAGACGUAUGUUAGUGCAGUGUUGGCACCGAAAGGAGUGAUGGUUGAUAUACAACCAUCUUGGUUUAAAAUAGCUCCACAAGAAACCCAACAUUUGCACAUUACACUCAAUGUCACCCAACCUCUUGAUGAAUUUACUUUUGGUGAAAUUGUUUUAACGGGAUCUUUAGAUCACGUCGUCAAGAUGCCACUAUCAAUUUUCCCCAACGUCAUAUGAGAAGAGGCAAUGACUAACUUGAUAGUCGAUCAUAUAGUUAUAUACUCUUAUCUUGUGCCAAGUACCUUUGUAGUUUGCCUCUCAUUGUCGACAUUACCUAUAUACUUUCAAAAAUAAGACAUUGUAUUAAGUCUUUCUAUUACUAGUAUUUUCCAGUUAUUGACCAUUAGGAGAUGCAAUUUAUUGAGUGAAACAGUCAAAUCCAUAAUUGAUGAA